AUGUCAUACUCACAGGUGGAUCCUCAAGAGUUCCAGAUCUACGGUCUGUUGCACGAAGAGUACGGUAACAUCAACAAUAUCCAGCCUACGUUCUGUCCCGCCAAUUAUCGACUGAAAGAAGACCGAAAGUAAGUUAGUUAUACAUAUUGAAUGAAGCUCAUCUUUUAUUUUUUUCUUCUAAAAUUGACUUUAGAAACACAUCUGCAUAUGCACUGUUCUUCAAAGAGAACCAAGGCCGAGUAAGGAUGCUCUACCCGGAGGCAUCGUUCGGAGAAAUCUCUAAAAUCGUCGCUUUUCAAUGGGAAUCUAUGGGGAGUUACCACAAAAAGGUAGGUAUAUUCUAGUCAGUAUUACAAUAGUACUAAAGUAGUAUACAACUUAGCAAUCCACAGAAACUUUUUUUAUGUCAAUCACCCCCUUCCUAUACUAAACUUACCCGCCCUGUCGUAUCACAGCACCUAUAGCUAUUGAUCUUCUGUGGAUUUUUGAAACAUAUAGUAAAAAGUUGUACUCUUGCAAAAACAAUCUAUUCUUACUCUAGAUAACUAUCUGAGUAUUUGUAAUUUAGAUGUACAGAGACCGAGUUAAAGACGAAAGGAAACAAAAACUUCUGGCAAAAGCGAUGGAGAAGGCCAUGAAGUUGUGCCAGAAGUAA